AGAUGAUCACUAUACACAGUUCCCACUACAUGUAGCUCACUCUGAUUUCUUCACUGUCUUGUUUCCACAAGCUUGAUUAUUAUUUUUUCCCUGUCCUUAACGUUGCUUUUCACCAGUUUUCACCAACUGAAGCGACUCGACCACCCGGCGCACCUGCGUUGAGUCCAUCAAGAAAAUUGAUGGAGGAACAGAUGUAUGAAGAAUCUAUGAAAAUCGCUAAAGAUGCUUUCCGUCGCUUCCCCCUGAAGAAUGUCAGGGGAGUUCCGCUCAUGGAAGCCAUUGUCCAAAAUUGGGAAUCGGUCUGCACCUUUUGCCCUGAUCCCUCAGAUCUUCUCAUGGCUGCUUAUCCCAAAGCUGGAAUUACAUGGACCCAGGAGAUUGUGGACCUGUUGCUUCACAACGGAGAUGCAAUGGCGUGCCGGCGAGCCCCCACCAUUCUGCGGCACCCCUUCCUUGAGAUCUUCUCCCCACCCCCAAUUCCCUCUGGUCUGGACCUCCUCAAUAAAAUGGAUCCCCCUAGAGUAAUCAAGACCCAUCUCCCAAUCCAACUGGUACCGGAAGGAUUUUGGAAAAACAAAUGCAAGGUGAUUUAUGUGGCCCGAAACGCUAAAGAUAACCUGGUGAGCUACUACCACUUUGACAGGAUGAACCUUACUCACCCUGAUCCAGGUCCCUGGGACGGCUACAUCCACAAGUUUAUGAAGGGAGAGUUGGCCUGGGGCUCCUGGUAUGAUCAUGUGAAGGGUUACUGGGAAGAGAGACAGAAGAUAAAUAUACUCUAUUUAUUUUAUGAAGACAUGAAAGAGAAUCCUCGCCGUGAGGUGGAACGCAUCAUGAAGUACUUGGAUCUGUCUUGUUCUGAUGAUGUCAUAAAGCGUGUUGUGGAGCUCACAUCAUUCAAGGUCAUGAAGGACAACCCAAUGGCUAACUAUACUUUUAUCACCAAGCCCAUCUUUGACCACUCUAUCUCUCCAUUUAUGAGGAAAGGUUGGUGUUUCUUUCAGUAUUUUAUAUUAAUUUCAUGCGUUGUAGUAAUGGUCCUGUUGCUUGAUAAAAAUAUCCUAUUGAAAAAUUAUUGUAAAGCCAUGUUUCAGUAUCCUACAUAUAUCAGUUAUUCAGAUGAAUAUUUUCUGGGUUGUAUAGUAUGUUUAAUGCUCUCAUGGAAGAAACAAUUGUUGAGUACAAGGGCAUGGGAGUGACUUUGAUAGCGGGGGGGGGACAACUUAAUCAUUUAAAUGCAAAGGUCUAUUUCUUGGGGCAGGGGUGCAUGAAGUCAAAUUACACGCCCCCAGUUUCCCCCAAUCCCUGCGCUCUGGGUGUGUAAAAUACCUGUCUCCAUGCAUUCUAAAUUCAAAUGCUAAAAGUAUUUAGGCUACCUAUAAUACAAUACAGGCAGUACCCAGGUUACGAAUGAGAUCCGUUCCCAAAGUCUGUCUUUAAGUCGAAUAUGUAGGUAAGUCAGAAAAAAUAAUAACACAGUAGUAGUAAUAAUAAUAAUACAGUAAUGAUAAAAGUAACUAUCUACUGUACCUCGAGCCGAAGAACUGCUGAAGCCACGGAAUGUUUUCAUGAGUGUAACAAAGUAGUGUAUGCAUUUGUUAUUACAAACCAUUGUAUGUAAACCAAAUUUUAAUAGGCUUUAUGGCAGUCCGUUCUUAAGUAUGAGUUGUUCAUAAGCUGGACGUUCUUAACAUAGGGACUGCCUGUAAUAUGUAGAGAGAUGGUGCUAUAAAUUUACAAGAAGGCAUCAAGGUGGACUACACACAUAGAACAAAGGAAGGCAUGGGUGAUCUAGUGAGUAUUAUGGCUACCUGACAACUUCAGAUAGGCUUCAGAUCUCACCCUUCUUCAACGUUUGUGGGAUGAACUCCCUCUAUGAGUACAGCAUUCCUGUUGUCCAGAAAUAUCUGACCAGGAAAAUCAGUGUCUCUGUGUUUUCCUGCAUAUGCCAAGGAUUGUGUGUUAGCUGUGAUAGGUGGAGUGUCAGGGACCCGGGCGGCUCGGGCACGGGAACGAGGCAUGGUGCACGAAAAAGGGCGGACGACCCACUUGCGGCUCAAGGAACAGAAAAGGGGUUUAUUAAAUAAAACAGAAAACACAACAAAACCAAAAGGACCACGAGGGGUCAAAAAAACCAAAGGGAAUAAACUAACACUACAAAUACAAUUAAACCAAACUGGGCAGGUAAACAUACACCAGCUCUAACACCGGAACAUAUUAUAGACAACGAACCACUAGAGAACAGAACAGAAGCAGGGACUUAAAUACAGAAACCAAAACUGGGUAAUAAGACUAACACAGGACAGGUGAGACUAAUUAACAGACCAGGAAAACAGGGCACAGGUGAAACUA